CGCCCCGCUGCAGGGAUGUGCGACAAGGAGUUCAUGUGGGCCCUGAAGAACGGGGACCUGGACGAGGUGAAAGACUACGUGGCCAAGGGAGAAGACGUCAACCGGACACUAGAAGGUGGACGGAAGCCUCUUCAUUAUGCAGCAGAUUGUGGGCAGCUGGAAAUCCUGGAAUUUCUGCUGCUCAAAGGAGCAGAUAUUAAUGCUCCAGAUAAACAUCAUAUUACUCCUCUUCUGUCUGCUGUGUACGAAGGUCAUGUGUCCUGCGUGAAAUUACUUCUGUCAAAGGGUGCCGAUAAGACUGUGAAAGGUCCAGAUGGACUAACUGCCUUUGAAGCCACUGACAACCAGGCAAUCAAAGCUCUUCUUCAGUGAUGGACAGAUGGGCUGACAGCUCUCGAAGAAUGACUCUCCUGUGGCCUCACACUGCUGCCUGUUUGUCUGUCACUCUAUCUGCCAGCUUCUACAGCUCAAUUCUUCUAGAGGGUCGAGGGGAGAGAGAAAUUCAUUACCCAUCAGACUACCAGAAAAAAAUAUGAGGUGGAGGAGGGGAGAAACCAUGAUCGGGCUUUGAUUAAGGUUCCUGAUCAAGUCAGCCCCUUUUCUGUUUCUAAUAAAAUAGACAGCUCAUGCUCAAGGCAGAGCCAGGACAAAACAUGCGUUCUCAUUUGACCUUUUUAGCUCCCCAGCUAAACUUAAUAGAUUGUGUCCAGGUCUGAUUAUACAAAGGCCAACUCUCCAUAUUCAUUCGGUAGCCAUAACUGCCAGCAGGAGUGGCUGUCGCAAUCUAAACUUAGGGUGCUGAUAUAAGCAAUUCGCUCUAGCCUUCUGCCUUAAGAUGCACUCUACUCUAUUGGGGAUCCCCUGGCAUCUCAGAGCGCUGCCUGUGGUUGGUGACCAAAUUUUCCCUCGGUGACUCUCAGCUUUACGUGAAAGGUCAGUUAAGGUGAAAAGGGGUACACCCCUAAAUUGCUAGAUGACUGAACUUUGGAUUUCCUCUCCCCUUUCACAUGAGUUCCAUUGGUCUUUACAUAAAACUGACUCACUGUAUUUAUAAAAUCUUAAUUUUUGGAAGUCUAAAGAAGAAAUAAAUCAUUCCUGUAUGCUUUUUUUUCCUUAACCUCCUCUAGAUUUAAGACAUUUCUAUAACACUGCAACACUUUCAAACUCCUGCUGGUAGUAGAAAAGGAGAUUUAAAAAUAGACUCAUAGCCAUAGCCUGUUUGUAUUGUAUAAGGAGUAAACGGUUGUCUUAGAAAUCUAUGGAUUUUCUUCAUUUGUGGUUUGAAUGGACGGGCCUCAGUUAAUGCUGGAGAAUGUGAGGACAAGUUCUUUAGAAUGCCUUUCUCAGACUCAUCUUGGAUGCUGAUGAUUUAAUUGCACCAAAGCUGCCACUGGGUGAGAUUUACUGUCUGAACAGACUUAACCCCAUCUUUCAGAAAUAGGCUUGUUACCAAGUUUCUCUUAAGUGUGGCAAGACUUCUGCUGAACAUAUGCCACCCCAGACUGCACACUUAACUUUUCUAAUCAUCACCUUAAAGUUCUUAGAAAGACAAUGCCCCCAAAAAACCAUGUUCUAUGACCUUCAGAAAUAUUUAGCUAUUUAGAUACAUUUUCAGAUAUUUAUUUCAUAAGACAGUGCAGCUUAAGGCAUAGAACCUUAAAUUUGCUAUCUGACAUUGAAAACAUUUAAGAUUUGGGGCCAGAGUGAUAGUACUUGUAUGUGGCUGACCCUGGUUUGAUCCCCCAGUGUCCCAUAUGGUCCCCUAAGCCUGCCAGGAGUGAUUCCUGAGUGCAGAUCCAGGAAUAACUCCUAGGCACCACCAGGUGUGACCUGAAAAACAAAAUAAUAAUAAUUUAAAAAGUCAAGAUUUCUUUGAGUUGCCAUCCAUCUGAUUACUAAAAAAGAUUAGGGUCUUUCCUUAGCCAAAUCAUGCAAUAAUUGAAUGUACCUCAAAUUUUUAAAAAGUAUGGGGGGGGGUGGGUUAGAGACUUGUACUCUGUGGAUAGUCAUUAUUUUUUAAAGGCAAUGUAGCAUUCUUCAGCAGGGUUAAACAGUUUCAAGAACAGUCAGCCUGGUAAUAACAAAUUUUACCGACCAGUUGCUGAUUGGUGUAGGGAUAGUGUGUGCGUGCGUGUGUGCGUGAGCUCCAUGAACCCUUUUUUUAUCUUGUGACUUUUUCACUUACAACUAAUUUAGCCUUGUAAUUUUCCUGCAGCAAGAAAACAAUCACAAAACAGUGAUUUAAGUACUUUGACAUGUUUGGCUACUGCUGCUGUCUUAGUGCAGGUUGUUUGAGUUGGAUUAAAAAUUAGUACUUGACUACAUCACUGAACUGAACUAUGGAGCUAAUUCUCGUCGGGGGCAGUGGAGGGCACUCUUCCAGGCCAUCAGAACAGUGAUGAGGUGUUGGGUAUCUUUGGUUUCCCCUCUUGCUGACAUGUGCUAUUAAAGGUUUGGAUUU